AAGCACUUGCAAACGUAUUUCUCCGCACACUUUUUCAGCAAGAACGGCCAUUUUUGUCACAUGUUCAAUUCUCAUCUCACAUGACCUGUUGUUUGGCCCCGUGAUCAACUUUUGCUAUAUUCCUGGCAAAUUCAAACGAUCGUCAAAAAGUCACAUGGAUAUGCUAGAUCAAGCACUGGAAGCAAGUGAACAAAAGAAUAAUGAUUCCAACAACUCAGAUGAUGUCACUUUAACACACCAUGACCCAGGAGAACAUGAAGAACAUGCAACAAUAGCAAAUGUACAAACAGUUGGAGGACAAGCUCUAGCACUGGAUCCAAACAUACAAUAUCAGCUGAGGGCUGAUACAGGGCAAGGUCAAGUGACCUACAGAGUAGUACAGGUAGCUGGUGAUGGCAAUGAGACGACAGCACAAGUUGUUGCAAGUAAUGCUUUCCCACAGGUAACACAGGCAGUCAUACAAAGUCCAUUUAGUAAUGGAGGAAGUCCCACACUUGAAGGACAAGAUACAAAGUUUACCUAUUUCCCUGCAGUCAGCGGAACAGGUGUUGAAGCUUCACAACCUGAGGUAAUCUCAACAGCAGGCAUGGCUGGGCAGGUCACAUCUGCAGGAGGAUGGGCACAGGAUGGUUCUCUUGGGCAAGGUCAAUUUUAUGUGAUGAUGUCACCUCAAGAAGUUCUCCAAGGACAGAGAAAUAUUGCACCUCGCACAGGAUUUACCACACCUAAAGUUGAAGGUGCAAGGUCAGGUAGAGAUGAUCGAAGGAGGGCAACUCAUAAUGAAGUUGAACGACGAAGGAGAGAUAAAAUAAAUAACUGGAUAGUUCAGUUAUCUAAAGUCGUACCAGAUUGUUCCUCAGACCAUACAAAACAAGGACAGGUAACCAAUAAAAGUAAAGGAGGAAUUUUAUCAAAAGCUUGUGAUUAUAUUACUGAAUUAAGAACAUCAAAUGCUAGAAUGGCUGAAAAUUUAAAAGAAUCUGAACGUUUACAAGUAGAUCUUGAACUUCUCCGACAACAGUGUGAAGAACUGAAAAGUGAGAAUCAAAUUUUACGGACACAAUUACAGCAGCAUGGCAUCAUCCCAGACAUCUCUGGAACAGGUUCAUAGUGCCUAAUUAUUGCUUGUCUCAUUUUAUCUCAUUUGAUUGUAAACUAUCAAAAAGGGGGCGUGUCAGAACUUCCUUUCAAUAGACAAUUUAACACAUGGUAUCUAUUAUUGAUAACCAUGAGAAAAUAAUUUUCAAUCUUUUAGGAGGUUUUUGACAGUUAUUCCAGAAUUGCAAAGCAAAAUUAAACUGACACAGUGAAAAGAAUUCCAAUCUAUAAUCAUAUUGGUUGAUGGAACUGAUUUGUUCUUUUUCACUGUCCUACAUGUUGUAUGGCCAUUGUAACAGCAUAUACAGUGCUUUGAUGGGCAAAAUUUCAUGCAAUGUUUGUACCAGUUAGCAUUCUUGAGAGAUGAUGAUCACAAAUCCUGUCUGUCUCAAAAGAAGAAAAAAUGAGGUAGAAAAAUGGGACAUUAUAAUCCCAUAACUAUGUACUAUAAAUAUUCAUAUCAGAUGUUUUGAAUUAUUUAUAUAUUAUUUCAUUGUAAUAUAACUUAUUUCUAGUUUUCUGGUUAUUUGGUUGUUUUGUUAGGGGAAAACAUGCAAUAUUAUUGUGAAGAAUACCCCAUAAAAUCAUUCUUCACAUGACUAUAUUCAAAGUUGCAAAUUAAUUUAAAUAUUGACCAUUGGUUUGGGAGAAAGAGAAAAAAGAAUGUUUAUUAAGUGUGCUUUAUUUUUAGACAUACUUGUCCAUUUCUGAAGAAGUAUCUUGUCAAAACAUUAUAUUUGGUGAAAUUGGAGCACUAGUGUUCCUAAAUUUCUGAUUUGGAUCUUUGGUUCAGUGUUCUUUAAACCUUUCAAAUGUAUUGAACUGCUAUUUAGGUUGAUUUUACAUUUUAGUACCUUUUAAAAACGAUUUUUUACAAUAAAACUAUAGUAGCAUAUUCAUUAGAGGAGAAAAAUGUUAAUUUCGUAUCAGCAGUACAUUCUGAUUCAGAACCUUUUAUAAUUUUACAAUAAAGGUAAGAAAGAAUACGAUAAUUCAAAUAUUUUAAUAAAUUUUAUCAAACAAUACAUAUUUUAUGUACACAAAAUAUUUAAUGAACAAUGGAACAUGCUGAGAAUCAUGAUAAGCAGUUUUCGACCUUUAUUCUAAAAAAAAAUUAAUAUUGUUAAAUAUGAUCGCAAUUUUCCUAGCACUUACCUAGAUUAGAACUCAAAAAUUGAAUCAUAAGGAAAAUGUUUGUGAUUUCAUUAUUUAACUCAUUAAAUACAGUUGUAAAACACUUUAUAUCAUAAUGAUAAAUCACUUAUUUAUUUUCGGUUAAAAAAAACCCACCUGGUUUAUUUAUGCAAUUGUUCAGAUUUAUAUUAAUCAUUAUCUGAUUAAAACAUUGCCUCUUGUUUCUGAUGACAUAUGUUGCAUGAAAAUUUGAUGAAUCCAAAUAUGGGAUAAUGUUCAUGAAUACUGGUCAACAGAUUGGUGUUACUUUUAUUUUAUAUUUGGUUUCUGCACUCUUGUUUUUUUAAUAGUAACAGGCAAAUGAAAGAUAUUAUGAUAUUACGUUCAGUGGUUUUCCUGUAUGGAUUUUUGUUAUAUGUCUUCUAUGUAUCUUUUAUUUUCUGAAAGUUGCCUGUGACAAGGUUUUGUCAAAUCUUCAUGCUACAUAUUGGACAUUAAACAGGAGUAAUUGAGAAUCUAGUUUUAAUCAGGUUUGGAAUUAUACAUGUAAAAUGUAACAUUUUAUGUUGUGUUUUGUUUAAAUGGCAAAAGUACAUGUGAUCAUGUUUGUAAAAUAUGGCCUUAUUUGUAAAUGUGUAACAUUGUAAAUACAAAAGAGUUUUUAUGACAAGUGUUAUAUUGAUGUAUAUUUUAUUUGACAUUUUUUAUUUACAUGGAGUACAGUAGAUAGAAAGGUAGUGCAUUGUAAUAGAUUAUAAUAGUAUAUACUGACUUAUGGUUUCAUUUCAAAACAACAAAAUAAAGUAAGAUAGUGGAUGCUCACCCCUAUCUGACUUUGAAUAAACAUUUCAACUGAAUUUAAAUUCUAUAAUUUUUCAUAAGGUUUUACUUAUUUUUAUAGUGGAAAGGUUUGAUAAAACAUUUUAACACCUUUGCAUGUAUAUAACAUAAAAUUAUAAAAUUAAGUGGUUAACAGUUUAAAAUCUAUUACUGAUUUUUAUGCUUGAAUUAUUUAAAUUCUCACCCUGUCUGAAGAAAAAAAGUAUCGUCGUAGGUAUGAAAGAAAUUAAAUUUUAAUGAUACUAUACCAUUGAAGGUCAAAUCUUUGGAGUUGACAAAUGGCUUAUUCAAAAUGAAAUCCUAAAAUCACAUAAGAUGAUACAGUUCAUUGUCACAGUAUUUUUAAUCCAUAUCUGUUAUAGAUAAUGCUAAAAAUGUAAACUGUAAAUACCAUCAUAUACAUUUCAUUUAAUUAUAGUACGACCAAAACAAAGAUCUGUGCAUUUCAUUUGCAUAGCGUUUGCUUGAUAUCAUUACAAUUUCCAUUAAUUUAAAGAAACAAUCAGCUUCAUUGCAGUAAAUAAAAUUCAUUUCAUUAUCAUGUUUGGAUGGCUCACUUAUAAAAUGAUACUGCACGCUUAAUUGAACUUGAAGAAUUGCAGACAUUUUUUGUUUUUGUACGCUACUGUGGAUUCAUUUAUUUUCAUGGGUACCAAUUUUCGUGGAUUAAGGAAAACUUACAUGUUCGUGGAUAUUUAAUUUCGUGGUUUUGCUGAAGUCUGCAUACAAGCCUAUAGAACAUUUGUUAUUCGUUGAACAUUUAAUUUCGUGGUUCACCUGUACCCGCGAAAUCCACGAAAAUUGGUAUCCAACGAAAAAUAAUGAAUCCACAGUAUAUCGGAAAUUAAAUACAAAUUCUUAUCAUAUUAGAACAAACAUAAUCAGCUAAUUGAAAGUUUUUAUUUCAUAUUUUUGUAUGAAAUUUCUGCUUCACUAACAUUCUGAUAAGGAAACGCCAAUUUUAUACGAAAGUUACAUUGGUAUUAUACCAAGCCUAAAAAUUAUAAAAAAUGCAGAAACCAUAGAUUUGAUAGCAUUCCAUGAUAUUAGCAUUCACAAAUAAAAGUUCUUUCAUGGUAUCUUAGAUUCUGAAUAUGAAAAAAAUUUGAAUGAAUGGCAUAGAUUAUUGAUUUGCCAAAAAAAAAGAAAAUAUUGACUUAUUAAUAGUAGUUUUGAAGAUGAUGUUGCAGAAAAAUCAGCCUUGUUUAUCAUUAAUUAUGAUUACUUAUUACUUAAACAUGAAAAACAUUGGUCAUUUGUCACUGUAUUUUGUUAUAAUCAUGUUGUUAUCACAUUAAAAACUAGAAUAAAAUUCUAAACAAUUAA